CCCCUGUAGCGCGCGCACCGCCUCGCCCCGCGGUCUCGCCGCCAAGUGCCCCGAAUCCGGCGCGGGGUCCGCCGCGAUCGCCUCGCCCAGCCAAAACCCCACACCCUCCGGCUGUCCGCCGAGCACACGGCCGCCUGUGAGCACGCGAACCCCCCCGGCUGUGGACGCCACGCGGAGCGCCCGAUGGCCGGCCACAGUAUGUCGGUUCCGCUCCGACCCGAAGCCUAUAAAUUCCUCGCCGCCCAUUUCCUCCUGCUGCUCUUCCUCGCCCCCCACUCUCGACGCCCGCGAGCCCGCGCCCGUCGUAUGCCGCAAUGGACCGCACCCGCCCAGACGCUGGUGGAAGCAACCCCGACGCGCCCUACUGCGCGGCGGCCGCGCUGCUGCUGGAGCCCAAGCUCGAGGACGAGGAGCUGCCGCUGCGGCAGCUGGCGUCCCCGGGCCCCUUCGUGCCCCUGGACCAGCUGAUGCCGGGGCCGGAGCCGGCGGUGGCCGUGCCGCCGCGCCCGCUGGAGGCGCUGCUGCAGGGCCCGCAGCUGCCGCCGUUCCUGUCCAAGACCUACGACCUGGUGAGCGAGCCGGCGCUGGACGGGGUCAUCUCCUGGGGCGCCGCGGGGAACAGCUUCGUGGUGUGGGACCCCUCCACCUUCGCGCGCGACGUGCUGCCGCACAACUUCAAGCACAACAACUUCUCCAGCUUCGUCAGGCAGCUCAACACCUAUGGUUUCCGCAAGGUUCAUGCUGACAGAUGGGAGUUUGCUCAUGAAGAUUUCCUGCGAGAUAGCAAGCAUCUGUUGAAGAGGAUUGUCAGGCGCAGGUCCUCCCCAACACAACAAAGCAGCAUUCAGCAUGGCUCAUCUUCUGGAGAAUCCAAUUUGGACCCUGAGCUCCACACACUGAGGAGAGAGAAGAACGCACUGCUUGAAGAGGUAGCCAGGCUGAAACAGGAGCAUCGUCAGACAAUUGAGCAAAUGAGCACGCUGAAUAACAGGCUGGAGUCGGCGGAGGACAGGCAGAAGCAGAUGGUCUCUUUCCUGGCCAAGCUCCUUCAGAAUCCAAGCUUCGUGAGGCAACUGAAGCUGCACAGGGAGCAGAAGGAGAUUGACUCCAGCAGGGUGAAAAGGAAGUUUCUGAAGCAUGUACCACAUGGCAGUAUAGAGUCAGAGUCCAGCUCACAGUAUGGUGGAGAGAGUGGUUCACAUUUUCCUGCGAGUUCUCCCAUGGCUAUAAGUGCGCACGAUGACAUUGCAGAACUUCAGAAUUUUCUCUUGGAAGACGAUGACCUCAACUUUGGUAUGGAUCCAGACAACAUUGAGCUUGACAGAGUCGAGCAACUGGAUGACAUCGGGGCACUGGUUCAGGGCUUUGAUACACAAGAAGAACUCGAGCUCGGCAGUGGAGCUGAACUACUGGAGAUGCCUCCAGCUUCUGGUCCUCUCGGCCAGGAUCCCACCAUCGGCAGGUCCAAGGGAAAGAGUGAGCUGUGUCCAAGAUUGGACGCUAUCUCUUCUGAAGCCAGCUACCUCGGAUCAAUAUCGGACACUAUGGGCGCGCUUUCAGGCACCAUGCUAGGGACAGCAAGCACAAUGAUGGACGCUGAUGAGGAACAAAUGUGGGGCGUGGAUGCUUCAGCACCUCUGCAAAGCACUUGCAGCGGCUCUAGUCAGCAAACCUUCAGUCGCCUUGCCAGUGAUCCCUAUCUGAUGGACAUUGCCAACAAGCCUGAGAAAUUCUGGGACCUUGAUUUUCAGACACUAGAUCAAGGAGAUCUGCAGCUGGACAAGUGUGCUAUUGAUGAUCCUACUCUUCACCAGCGGCAGCAACAACGAAACAUGAAGGAUCCCUAGAUCAAUUGCUGUGUGAUACUCUAUCGACCUAAGUAGUAAAGUAUGGACGUUGCUGUAAUUAUUUUGAUAUUUAGGAGGCUACUAAAAUCCUAGAUAUGCCUACUAUGGCACUUAGUAGUAGUAAUCGUAUGUUUUUGUUUCCCAUUCGUUCACCCUAGUGUUUUUUAAUGGAAACUUCUAUCCUAUGAUUUGUUCGGAGCAGUUGAUGACUGCUCGGCCGAUUCUUUUUGUUCCCAAUUGUUAUUGGUUGUUUCUUC